UUUUGGGUCUUACUCUGCCGAAGAAUUUCUUUAUGUGAUAGUCAGAUCGUGAUGGUGAAGGCAUAUGGUCAAGAUCACAUUUACAAGCAUCCAUGGGAGCGAGUAACUUCUGCUUCUUGGCGUAAAUUUGCUGAUCCUGAGAACAAGCGUACCUUGUCUCACAUCCUUGAAGUUGACACGUUGAAUCAUAAACUUGAUCCUCUCUCUGGUAAGCUCUACACUACUCGUGCUCUUACCAUCCAUGCUCCGGGGCCAUGGUUUGUCAGCAAAAUCAUCGGCCAGGAUAUCUGCCACUGCAUUGAAUCAACCGUUGUUGAUGCCCAAUCUAAGUCGAUGCUGCUUACAACCCGUAACGUCAGUCUUCAGAAGUUUAUAGAGGUAGAGGAGAAGAUAAGGUAUGAUCCUCACCCUGAUAAUCCAUCGGGAUGGACUAUUUGUCGACAAGAGACUAGUAUCCGUAUUAAGCCGUUAUCAGCUCUGGCAUCCAUGGCUGAAAAAGUUGAGCAACGAUGUGCUGAGAGGUUCAUGCAAAAUAGUGUGAAGGGUAGAGAGGUUAUGGAGAGGAUCUGUAGGUACCUUGAAGCUGAAUCUAGUGGGAUGGCUCUAUAAUUGCUCACUUUCUCUCAGCUGCUUCUCUCAUAGAGUAGGAAA